GUAAUGUGAAUGAAAAGGUGUGACGCGUCGAGUUUAUUGCAAGUAUAGUGCGUGUUUCGUGUACACAACGUAUUGAAGACAUAAAGUCUCUUUUCUGGUUAAAUCAACGUAAGGAUUUGAAGUCGGUUUUAAAGUUACGCGCUGCACAAAAAAGCGUCGGGGGAACGGACAUGAAGCCUAUUUCCAUCACGAUGGACGCUGGCGCUGAAACUUCGGCUGCAUUUCCAGUAGUUUUAAAGAAAAUAAUGGAAACCCCUCCACCGAAUCUUCUGGAAGGCGACGACGAAAAUGAUAAAGAGAAGCUGUUUGAGAGUGUGGAGUCUGGAGGGGUCAGUGAAAUGGGACCUUCAGCCGCCUUAACGCCAGCCAUCUGGGAAAAGACCAUCCCCUAUGAUGGAGACACCUUCCACCUGGAGUACAUGGAUCUGGAGGAGUUUCUGAUGGAGAACGGCAUUGCUGCUGCAGAGAAUGAGCAAAAGAGCAGUGAGAAGGAAAACAUACAGCUGACGGCCGAGGAACCAUCCACAGCCUCUGCAGUUAAAACAGCCCCAGCAGUCACUCUGUUGCCUGUCAUGGCACUGGAUCCGUGUGAAGAGGAAGUGGUUACAAUCACCACAUCCAGCUCGAGCUCAGCAGACAACAAAUCAGAAGAGAACCGGAUGACACCAGAUCCCAUUAAUCCAGAUGAAAUCGAGGUAGACGUGAACUUCGAGCCAGAUCCCACAGACCUCGUGCUCUCCAGCAUUCCUGGGGGCGAACUGUUCGAUCCCCGCAAACAUCGCUUCUCCGAGGAGGAGCUGAAGCCGCAGCCUAUGAUCAAGAAGGCAAAGAAAGUGUUUGUGCCUGAGGAUCAGAAGGAUGAUAAAUACUGGCAGCGGAGGAAGAAGAACAAUGUUGCAGCCAAACGAUCACGGGAUGCCAGGCGCCUGAAAGAGAAUCAGAUCACAGUUCGAGCGGCAUUUCUGGAGAGAGAAAACUCAGCGCUCAGACAGGAAGUGGCAGAGUUGCGCAAGGACUUUGGGCGCUGCAAGAACACAGUGGCACGAUAUGAAGCCAAAUACGGAGCGCUGUAAGGGACAAUCGCAAACACGGAGCAUUUGCAUAUAAAAAAAAACCCCACUGCCUGUAAUAAACGAGGCAAUAGACUGCUACUAGAGUAUGUGAUUAACAACUUUUGCUUUCUCUUCUUUUUCAAGUGGACCUGAAGAAGACGUCUGAGCAGUUAUUGAUUCAUUUGCAUUGUUGAAAGGCAAUAAAUGAAUAAUAGUUUGGAACAAAGAGGAGGAGACAAGAUAGAAGCAGGUGAACGAUUCAGACUGUAGAGCUAAGUGACGUUCAUGUGCUUAGUAACCUGGUCAACAGCUCUUUUUCUUUCCGUAUAAUGCAACGGCAUACCCAAUAUAUUCAUCUGAGCUUUGAAGUGCUUUACACCAAUGUAGAAACAAAGGUCUUCCCCAUCUGCUCUUGUUUACAAGUUUUACAAUAUCAAAGUAGUUUUAGGGAAUAAUGUGCACUGGAAGUCAACAGUCUGCAUUUAUAAAUAAUGACUUCAUUUGUUUUCAGUGUACUUCCACAUGUAUGAGUGUGAACUGUAGAAGAGGCGAUUGUUGAAAUAUGAGGAGUUUGUAUUGCAUUUUAAGAAUUACAGAUUAACCGAAACAACAAAACUGUUAGCAGGAAAUGUAAAUAUAUAUAUAUCAUGUGUAACAAAAACAAUGGUUUUGUCUGUCUUUAACUUGACGUGAGCAAAAAACUUUAGAUGCAGUCUGUCAAAGCAAGCCUGUAGAUCUUUUAAAAUCAUACUUUGUUCUCUUCAGGAUGGCAGUUUGCCCUUUUCUGGGACUCAUGGAGGUCAGUUUAUGUACAGAAAUAACACGCUGUACACGUGACCUGGUCUUGUAUCUGUAUUUAGGGCAAAUCAAAUGAAGUGCUUAUAUAAAGGUUUUCGUUUUCGUAUGCAUCAUGUGAUAUCUUUUCAGAUAACCAUCAAAUGUUUAACAAAAGUGGUUUUGCAGUGAUCCAUAAGUGUCUUGAGCAGCGUGACUGUUUAUAAAAGCACUAGUGUGUUACAUAUCAGAAACUGAAUUCAAACCUCUGCUUGCCACCUUCCUGCUUUUUUUUUUUAUUGUAGGCACAUAUUUAGUCUCUGUCCUUUUUUAUCAUCAGGGAAAGAAGAUAAAGGGUCAGUUCUUAAGAUUCACUAUAUGUUGUGUAUUGUUGUGAAGUAGGCUAGCAGUCUAAUGUUUCAGUACUCAUUGUGAGGCCUGUUUGUCCUUUUUUCAUUUGUUUUUUUUUUCAGAAUGGCAGUUGCUGUAAUGUGAGCUUGACCAAAGCUAAUUGAUUGAAACUCUGAAGCUUAGGUUUUGUUGCUAGUACACAAUGACUUCACUUAAAUCAGGUUUUACGAUGUGCAUAUUUGCGGUCUGUACUAGAAUCUCUUUAUAAGCGCACCUUCAGUUUGACGUUUCUCUUCAAGCUUCCUAAGUGUAAGACGAGAAAGCAAACAAAUGCAGGCUGAUUUGAGAGGAACAGCGACUAACUCCAUGAAUCUUGGUUGAAUAUGUAAUUUGUUCCUGUACAAAAAGUCUUUUUCUAAUUGUCCGUUUUGAAAGUUUUUUUCUUUUUGGAUUGUGUUUGAGAUGUUUUCGACUUGUAAAUGUUGAAUGCCUUGGCUGUUUCAUGUUGUACAUAUUAUUAAAAACUCUGAUUUGUUUUA